AUGGCGUCCCGUUCAAGUCAGCAACUGACUCUCGAUGUGUCAAGAUACGAAAAGCUCGAUGAUCAGCAGCACAACCUCGUCUCUCAAAUCGAUGGCGACUGGCACGGAAUGGGAUCCCAGCAAGACGCACACCAAGAGUUCCUCGACGCCUACCGGUACCAACUGGCCCAGAUGUGCUACGGCGCGGCCGUGGCCCACUACCACCGUCUUCCCGCCGCCAGGAGCCUCUUCAAGCCUCUCAUUCGACGCAUCAUCCACAAAAUGCUCCGACCAGAAGUUUGGGGCUAUUGGUAUCUCACCAGCCAGUCUGGAAAAUUCGUCGACCCGGAUAUCAAAGAGCUGAGAAAGCCAUGGGCCGAUCCCGUUGCGACUGAGAAAAUCAUGUACAGCGGGCACCUUCUUCUAAUGACUAUUCUUUAUGCGAUGCUUUUCGACGACGACGAGUUUGAAAAGCCGGGAUGGAUCACGUUCACGUGGGCCCCGAUCUUCUGGGGCUUUGGACCAGAGGUUUACCAUUACGACAACCGUAGUCUGGAGGCUGUCAUUCUUGGUGAAAUGGAACGUAACAACUGGGUUGGGGUGUGCUGCGAGCCGAACAGAGUCUUUGUUGUCUGCAACCAAUUUCCACUUAUUGCAAUGCGUUACAAUGACGUACGUGAUGGUCGUGAUACCAUGACUCAAAUCUUGGAAAAAUACAAGGCUGCAAUCGUCGAGAAAGGCUUGGUGCGCUCCGAUGGUCUGUACGCCGAGUGGUUAUACUUGAAGCCGGAUCAUGUGGAUAUGCCAAAAGGGGUGACUUCUGCUGCAUGGGCAAACGCCUUCAUGAAUGCCUGGAACUCUGACUUUGUCUACGCCUCAUACAAGAAACAGGCUUUGGGCUUCAUCGCAGAGACCGAGAACGGGGUCCGGCUGCAAAACCCAGCGGUUGCCAUGAUUUACCGCAAGCUACUGAAGGAGGAACAGGCUCCAGUCGACGGGGCGGCAGUACUCGAGAAGGCUAGGGCUGAGGCUGCGAAACUGCCACCCAGACCGUUUCCGUUCACUGCGCCAUACCUUGGGUACGUCGUUCAAUGGCUUUCCGAACUUGGAAAAGAGAAGGAACUUCGAGACCUUCUAGACUAUGCCGACUCUAGUCCUCAACCAACUUUUACUUGGGAGAAAGGCGGCCUAUGUUAUGCUCGAAACAACAAUCGGGCCAACGAAAAUGGCGAGUGUUUUCACAUGGACCCCUUUACGGGAAAUGCAGCGCUGGGAUAUGCGCGGCUCAACGUCAAAGACGGACAGAAGAUCAUGUGGGAGAAGCCAUGGACUCGUGAGACGUUGGCCUCGAAACCUUGGGUUGAUGGCAUUUCUCUGGAACAGAAUGUGGACUGUCUGCGCGCAUUAUUAUGGGAUGAUGAAGAAAAGGCACUAGUCCUGACUAUGGAGACAUGGGAUGGCCAGACACAAACUGUGAAGCCAACUAUUCGCAACUUGAGAGCAGGUGUGUGGGCCGUGUACGAAAAUGGAGAGCUUGUCGGUCACAAGGAGGUGGAAGAAGGUGGUUCGAUGGAAGUCGAGUCUUCCACAUCUGGCGAGCAUUUGGACAUAGUGUUCAUACAAGUUCGAUCCUUGGGAGCAAGGAUAUAG